UCAUGUGAUCAUGAUAUAGUACCGAUUCCAACCGGUUGAGAUUCUCACACAAGUAUUCAUUGUUCUGGACACCACAUUGGCAGCAACUUACUGUAAAUGUGGAUCUAUUGCAGAUUCGAAGAAGUAAAAAAUCGAGUGUAUGAUAAUGACAAGAGGGGUGCACGUGGGGUAGAAAAUCCAAAUAUCAAUGAAUGUAUCACCACAUGAAGUACCUGUACAAGUAUUUCGGUCGCCUUCGGAUCUACUCUCGCAACUGAGGUUUAUAAUGUCCGUCACGUCGUGUCAUCUUCAUCACCCCAGUCAAAGAUGCUUAUCACUGCGCAAUCUGUGGGAUUGAAACUGUCUACUGGAGCCAAUCUAUUGGUCGUAUCGCAGCUUUUGCUUGCGCUAGAAGCAUUGUCUGCUCCGGCAGCCACUGUAUCUGCACCCAUCGUCAACUUGGGUUAUGUCCAAUACCAGGGAUCGGUUGACACAGCGACAAACAUCACCAGCUUCCUUGGAAUACGCUACGCGGCUCCUCCAGUUGGCGACUUAAGAUGGGCAGCUCCACAACCUCCAUUGGCCGUCUCUGGGGUUGUUGAACAAGCUACCAUGCAACCGAACGAAUGCUAUCAAGCGCCCGUAGGCAACUCUUCAACGAAUCCGUUUGAAAGCACCUCUAUGAGGAAAAGGGCCAUUAGUCAAUCUGAAGACUGUUUAUUCUUGAAUGUAUACACUCCUGGAAGUGAAGUAGUGGCCACUCCGGGAGGAGGGCUCCCAGUUGUCGUUUGGAUUCACGGAGGGGGGUAUAUUGAAGGAGCUGCAAGCGACUAUAAUGGCGCAGAUCUAAUUGUGCACUCGAACCACGGUGCCAUCACUGUCUUAAUUCAGUACCGCCUCGGUUUAUUCGGUUUUCUUCCUGGGGAAGCGGUCAAGGAAGGGGGCGCACUCAAUGCUGGACUACUCGACCAGAAUUAUGCGUUACAGUGGGUGCAGGCCUACAUAAGUAGCUUCAGCGGCGACCCCACAAAGGUCACAAUUUGGGGAGAGUCCGCUGGUGCCGGUUCAGUGCUACAGCAUAUUGUUGCCCAUGGAGGAAACACGCAGCCUCCCCUCUUCAAGACCGCCAUGACGAGUUCUACAUUCUUGCCAUCCCAAUACAACUACAAUGACCGGAUUCCGGAGAUGUUGUAUAGUGAGGUCGUCAAUGGAACAAGCUGUGCCUCAAGUUCGGAUACUCUCUCUUGUUUACGCACCACAGAUGCCAAUACGCUGCAGACCUUGAACUAUAACAUCAACGUCAACGGGUUCUUUGGCACGUUCGUAUUCGUGCCUGUUGUGGACGGCACUUUCAUCUUGGAGAGGCCUACCGUGACGAUAAGGAAGGGUCGUUUGAAUGGCGACUAUCUCCUUUCUAUGACCAAUUCGCGUGAGGGGAACUAUUUCGUCGACCAAUCAAUGACAUUGGAUGUCGCAGAUUAUGUCAAGACGCUUUUCCCGAAUUUCGGUUCUGCUCAGGUUGCUGAAGCGGUGACGCUGUACCAGAACUAUGGAAGUAACGUUAACCAAGCAAAUCUUGUGAUGGGCGAAUCAAUAUUCCUUUGCCCCACUUAUUAUCUCCUCUUAGAAUUUGGAGAACGAGCUUGGAAAGGCGAGUUUGCAAUCCCGCCUGGCCUACAUGGAUAUGAUCUUAUAUACUACUUCACUUCAUUUGACGGUGGUCUUCCACACAACAAUACGCAGUUCAUCACUGCUUUCUCGAAUUCAUUCAUGGCUAUGGCCAUGUUUGAGACUCCUGACGACAGAUACACCCCAGGGGAUAUCACACCUUCCUGGAGAUCUUGGCGAUAUGAUUUGACAGAGAUGAUGUUCAACGAGACAUCCGCGGGAGUAGCCGACGUUCACACUUUCAAGACUGAUAGCGCCUUGCUGGAGCGUUGCGCCUACUGGCUAGACGUGUCAGGGUAUUCAGCGCAGUGAAUGGAAGUUGAGCACUGCUCUGGUAUCUGCGUGAGUUGAAUGGUCUCACAACAUGUUUGUCAUCCGUAUAUCAGCUUGUCACAAAUGCUCUGGUCGUAGGAUUAGUACGCGGCGAGACAUAUAAUCUUUUUGUUCUGAGUGGGUGAUGCGUUUGUUCGAGACACUCGAUUGGCUGGCUGCGCGGACGUUCAAGUUCAAAUUGGUCAUGACUCACUGCCCCGCAGCGUUUUUGGAAGUGAUCGAGCUACAAGGACCGUCAAGCAGCCAAGUUCUGCCCCGAUAUUUCACGUCACAUCAGACCAAGAUGUCUGUUUGACUCACUGCCAGCGUCACGAAUUAUUUGUUAUCAGAUACAGG